AUGCGACUGAUUCAUAAUACCACAUUGACGGUAGUGAAGUUCACCCCAGACCGUGUCCCACCACAUGCCAUCCUCUCUCAAGCUUGGGGAGAAGGAGAGAUUCUGUUGAGUGACAUUGAAAAGGGAACUGCCCAGACCAAAGCUGCAUGGGGCGUGUAUUUCAAACUAAGCAUAGCAUCACAUCUUCAAACCAACAACAUGCGUCUCCAAAUCCUCCCCUUCGUCACUAUCUUCUCCACCUUCGCUAGCACCAACCCAACUGAAACCGCCGGUAUCCACGGCUGA